AUGUCCGCCUCUACCAGAAUCCCUCCCAUCGCUCAGCCAUUCGUCAGCGACCGCGCCAAAAAGACCCUCGACCUGGUCGAAGAAUUCGUCGAAAAAGACUGCAUCCCCGCCGACCCCCUCUUCCAAGCCCAACUCGACGCCGCACCCUCCCGAUGGCAAGCCCACCCCCCGGUAAUCGAAGAGCUCAAGACCAAGGCCCGCCGCCUGGGCCUCUGGAACAUGUUCCUUUCCAAGAGCCACUUCUCGCAGGGCGCGGGCUUCACGAACCUCGAGUACGGCCUAAUGGCGGAGUAUCUGGGAAAGAGCUCGAUUGCGAGCGAGGCGACGAACAACGCGGCGCCGGAUACGGGGAAUAUGGAAGUGUUGGCCAAGUAUGGGAAUGAGGCGCAGAAGGGGGAGUGGUUGGGGUCGUUGUUGGAGGGGAAGAUUCGCAGUGCGUUUUUGAUGACGGAGCCGGAGGUCGCGUCUAGUGAUGCUACGAAUAUUCAGUUGAGAAUUCGGAGGGAGGGCAACGAGUAUGUCCUGAAUGGAUCGAAAUGGUGGUCCUCUGGUGCCGGUGACCCCCGUUGCCAGGUCUACCUGGUCAUGGGCAAAUCCGACCCUACCAACCAAGACACCUACAAGCAACAAUCCGUCGUCCUGGUCCGCGCCAACACCCCGGGAAUCACCGUGCACCGCAUGCUGACCGUCUACGGCUACGACGACGCUCCCCACGGUCACGGUCACAUCACCUUCGAGAACGUCCGCGUGCCUGUCUCCAACAUGGUCCUAGGUGAAGGCCGCGGCUUCGAGAUCAUCCAGGGCCGUCUGGGCCCCGGCCGCAUUCACCACGCCAUGCGCACCAUCGGUGCCGCCGAAAAGGCCAUCGAAUGGUUGAUCGCGCGGAUCAACGACGACCGCAAGAAGACCUUCGGGCAGAGCCUGAGCUCGCACGGUGUGAUCCUGGAGUGGGUUGCGAAGUCGCGGAUUGAGAUUGACGCUGCGCGACUGAUCGUGCUGAACGCCGCGAUCAAGAUCGACCAGGGCAACGCCAAGGCUGCGCUGAAGGAGAUCGCGCAGGCCAAGGUCCUUGUCCCCCAGACUGCGCUCACCAUCAUCGACCGCGCGGUGCAGGCGUACGGUGCCGCGGGUAUCUGUCAGGAUACUCCCUUGGCGUACAUGUGGGCGUUGAUCCGGACGCUGCGCAUCGCAGAUGGACCUGAUGAGGUGCAUCUGCAGCAGUUGGGUAAGCGGGAGAACCGAUCGCGGAAGGACGCUGUUGUGUCCAAGUUGAACUGGCAGCGUGCUGAGACGGAUCGGUUGCUUACUGCUAAUGGAUUUGGAAAGAUUAAGUCUCAUCUGUAA